UGGCCGGGAGAGUGCAUGCCGCGGGCAGCCUCUGUGUGUCCUGCGACCUGCUUCAUUUUGGUUGAACUGUUUGCCCGAGAAGCUGGCGACCGGUCUGUAUCCCUGAGUCUCAAGGUCAUGCUUCCUCCCUUCUCCAGCACGAGGAAGAUCACACGUCUCUCAGAGUCAUUCGUAGCUUGGUUGGCACUCACAGUCCCUGGGCUGUGGUUUUGGACAACUGAUGCAUAUAAAGAACUUGAAGAGAGCUGUGAUGAUCUAGUUUAUUCAAAGAAUCCGCUCUGUUGGAGUCUACAAAUUAAACCAAGAGUUUUCAACGAAUAUAGAGCCAUGUGGUUCAAAUCCUGUAGGAGGACCUUUUCCUGUUUGAAUAGAAUGAAAAAGUACAGGUACCCUUGGACAAGACUGUACAGUACCUCACAUACCACUGUGGACAGCAGUGAGAUAAAAACCUUCCAGGUCCUGGCUCACAAGUGGUGGGACGAGCAAGGCGUGUAUGCGCCUCUUCAUUCUAUGAAUGACUUGAGGGUGCCAUUUAUUAGAGACAAUCUUUUGAAAACAAUUCCUGAUCAUCAGCCAGGAAAACCUUUGUCUAGGAUGAAGAUUCUCGAUGUUGGCUGUGGUGGUGGAUUGUUAACUGAACCUCUAGGUAGGCUUGGGGCUUCAGUUAUUGGAAUCGAUCCUGUGGAUGAGAACAUUAAAACAGCACAGUGCCAUAAAUCAUUUGAUCCAGUCCUGGAUAAAAGGAUAGAGUACAGAGCCUGUUCCCUUGAAGAGAUUGUGGAAGAGACUACAGAAACAUUUGAUGCUGUUGUAGCUUCUGAAGUUGUAGAGCACGUGAUUGACCUAGAAACAUUUUUACAGUGCUGCUGUCAAGUGUUGAAACCCAGUGGCUCUUUAUUCAUCACUACAAUCAACAAAACACAACUGUCCUAUGCCUUGGGAAUUGUUUUUUCAGAGCAAAUUGCAGGUAUUGUACCAAAGGGUACUCAUACUUGGGAGAAGUUUGUUUCACCCGAAAAGCUAGAGAGCAUUCUGGAACCAAAUGGUCUGUCAGUUCAGACUGUGGCAGGAAUGCUUUAUAAUCCCUUCUCUGGUUACUGGCAUUGGAGUGAAAAUACCAGCAUUAACUAUGCAGCUCAUGCUGUGAAAUCCAGGGUACAGGACCAGCCAGUGCCUGCUGAAUCUAUUCUAAUGGAAGGAACAGAAGAGCUUCAAGCUAAUGGCCACACCAGCCCAGGUGUGCAUGAAGAGCUGAAGAGAUAAAUUGUUUAUGGAGAUUAUAGUGAUAUAUGGCUUGAAAGUCAGUUAUUUACAAAUAUAGUAAUUUAUCCACCAAGAGAGAAUCAUGAAGAAAAAGACAAUAAAAAGGGCUAAAAGCUUGAACAAAAGUUUUUAUUAUUUCAUCUAAUGGCUGCUUUCAAGAGAUCCUGUGGGUAAAAAAUUUUACCGUUUUGUGUGAUCUAGGAGUUUAAGUUCCUCAGACUUAACUAUGUGCUGGAUUUGGAUUCAAACAUUAAGAAGUUCAGAUUAUGUUGGACAUGCUGGUAUAUAUAGUUCCUUAAAUGGUGUGGGGUUUUUUUUUAACUCAGUUUUUCUUUUCCUUUUCCUUUUCCCUCUCCUCUCCUCUCCUGCUGGCGCUGUAACCACUGUGCUAUGGGCACCGAGCCUAGAAGAUAAAUUUUAACUUCAGUUGCUACUAGAUAAUUAGAGGGCUAAAAAUUAGGAGUUCCCACUGGCCAUCAUUUAAAAGUUUGAUUCUUAGUCUGAAUUCCAGUAGUUUAAUUAGUAAAACAAAGCUUCCUCUGUUGGAAGAAAAUGUGUUGAUAUUGAAGAUUAAUCUAAGAAAUGGUAUAAUGGAAUUGUUUAAAAGGCAUAUCCCCCCC